CUGUGCGGCCGCACAGCCCGCACACCCCAAAGGCCGGCCCUGAUGGUGAACUUGAUGGAUCUAAAGUCUUCAACAAUCCCAUCUACCAACCUCCUGUCAGUACGACAAUAACUCCUCUAUGUGUUUCUUCUACGGAACCCAAAGACCAUGAGGACAAAAAUAUUUAUAACCAGGAGGCUUCUCCAGACACCACCUCACAGAAGCCAUCUCCAGAAGUAAAAAUUCUUAAGGAACAGAACAUGACCACAAGCCCCCGAGAAACCAGCCUGAUUGGAAGACUGAUGGAGUCUCGACGGUGGAAGCGGAAGGAGUCCAAGUUUGUGCACACACAGCCGCUUUAUCAAGACUAUUGUAUCUAUUACACUAAAGGAGCUCCAGGCUUGCCCCCGAAUGUCUUCUCGUUGGACACCUCGCUUUCUCUUGCCGGUCAAAUCUCCUCCGCUCUACUUGGGAGUCAUGUCAACAUUGCAAGCCCCCCACAUUACACCUCAUCCUUGUGGCAGGAACUCCCAGAAGUAAAAGAAAAAAAAAUUGCUCAAACAAUGAGCCCCCAAAAGCGGCAACUCCAAGAGGCCAUUUUUGAGGCGGUGACAUCAGAGGCAUCCUACCAGCGCAGUUUGUCUGUAGCAAUUGGUCACUUCCAGAAAUCCCGGCGACUUUCCGAGUGUCUGAGCACCUCAGACAAGCACACCCUGUUCUCCAAUCUCCCCUGUGUUCGGGAGGUCAGUGAGAGAUUUCUUCUGGAUCUAGAAGAAGGUUUGGAGAAGGACAUAUAUCUGUGUGAUAUUGGAGAUAGGGUUCUGCGGCACUGUCCUGAAUUCUGGAGAGUUUACAUUCCUUAUGUGACCAACCAGAUGUACCAAGAAAAACUGAUGCAGCAACUGAUUCGAGAGAAUGGAAGAUUCCUGCAGGUUCUCCAGAAACUGGAGGAGCAACCAGUGUGCAAGAGACAACUCCUAAAGUCUUUCCUAGUUCUCCCGUUUCAACGGAUAACACGGCUGAAGAUCCUACUGGAGAAUAUCCUGAAGUUGGGCCAGAGUAACGCAGAGUUGUCAUUAUCUGUACAAAAUGCUGUAUCUGCUGUUGGAGAGAUUGUGUCUCGGUGCAAUGAGGGGGUAAGAUGUAUGAUGCAGACCGAGGAGUUGGUCUUACUGGAGAAGAGGAUGGAUUUCCACCACACAAAGUCUCUUCCCCUCAUCUCCAGGGGUCGUGUCCUUGUUCAGCAUGGAGAACUGGUGAGGAUAUUUUUCCAAGAGUUGGGCACUGGUCAUCGACCACGUCUUGCCAGCAAACCUGUCUAUCUCCAUCUUUUCAGUGAUUUGCUGCUUUUAUCCAGCAAAACAGACACUGGUCGCUUCCAGGUAACUGAUUAUGCUAGACGAGGGCACGUGAAAGCAGACUAUGUUAAGGCCAAGGCCCUCGGCCUUCCGACGCUGGUCUUCUUACUGCGUCUGUCUCAAAACCACAGUGGCUUGAGCUGUGAGAUCGUCCUGCAGGCUCCUAACGAAUUGGAGAAGGAACAUUGGAUCUCCCAAAUAACUCAACAGAUGUCACAGGAAACGAGCUGCUGAUUCCCAGCGAUGAACAUGCGGAUUUAAAAGGGAAUACCACAAAAACGCUGCUCCGGGGACCCGAGCGGAGGGGAAUUUUACGUACAAAAUGUCAAACAUUGCAACCUCUGUCCGUAGUCAGAAUGGUGCAAAUACCUGUAUCGUAUGAUGGAGGAAGAGCAGGACAGGAUUGUGGUCGCCCUCAACUAGGCUCUACCCACCGCCUUUUUUUUAUUUAUUUUAAGCCUAAGGCUACUCGACAUUUGUCGCGCGACAAUAUUUAUUAUAAUAGUCUAUGGUGUCGCACUGCGACACGACAGUCUCAAAAAAUCCAUUCAAAAUGGAUUUUUCUGCGACUGUCGCAUUGCAGCAUGUCGCAGUGCGACACCAUAGACAAUCAUUAUAAAUAUUGUCGCGCGACGCAUAUUGCAGUGUAGUUGUGCCCUAUGUGUCGUGUACCCUAAAUCUUAAAGGGGUUCUCUCAC